CACAUCAUCACUCACUCUAACUCCCACGCCAUAAUGACCUUACCUUACCCCACCCCAAUUGCACUAAUCAGACCAUUAAAACAUGCUCUAACAAUACCAACCAACCACCCACUAUUUUUAUGCAUUGCAUUGCAUUGCAUUCCCCACACCACUCAUAACCACACCCUAAUUAACCCUCUCUCUCACACAUACAAAACCAUUAUUUUAUCAUUCUCUACCACCAUAAUCAUUCUUCCAUUUCCAUCCUAAUUAGGGUUUGGUUUUGGUUCCACACCAAACCAAACCAAACCAACAAAAAAUAAAACAACCAUAGCCUAAACCCCCAUGUUCAAUGUUCAGUUUCUGCUGUUACAGCAAAUUCUUCAUCCUUUUCUUAUGCACCCUUCUUCGUUAUUUCAUUGCAUAACCCUUAACAAAUCUUAUAAACAAUAAUUCACACUCAAUCCCAACUUUUAGGGUUCUAUUCACUUCUUCUUCCCCAAUUAUGGAAACUCAGAUUCGACUCUCACUUUCCAUAUCUAAACCCUAGCAUUUGGAUUCGAAUCUUCUUAUCCAUCUUCAUCUUCAUCAUUAUCAUUAUCAUUACCAAUGCUUAAAUCUUCUGAAGAAAAAGAUGGAUCUGAAAUGGAAACAGCAAAAUGCAUCGAUUCCUUUACUCAUUUAGCAUCAACAAAACCUAAAAACUACAAUCUCCCUAUGAAACGCACCGUUCGUCCUCUCUUCGUUCUUCUCCUUCUUCUCGUCUUCAUUGCCACGUUAACCUCACGCUCCAUUCUUCGUAGAGGUAUAAUCUCUAUCGAGCUCGAAACGCGUCUGCUCAUUCGAGAUUCGCUGCCGUUAAACGCCACGCUUCUCAAACACGCCGCCGUCGAGAUCGGCGAGGAGAAAUCCCGGCAAGAGAUUCAGCAGCUUCUUGAUGGCGACUUUGCUAGUCAAGCACGGCAUAGAACAUUUGUUUCGUGGCGAAGGUUUAUCCACCAUGACGGCGAUAGAAGCUUCCCGGCGACACUCCGGUCGCCGCUUUUCUAUCGGUAUUGGAUUGAUUUCCGGCGAGUUUUGCAUGAUUGGGCAAGGAAACGUAGGUUUCAACCCGGGAUCAUGAAUGAGUUAACUCGGUUAGUGAAGGUUCCACUCGAUCGGUUUAACAAAGUUGUUACUGAUUCUCGUGAUAAAAAGUACUCUUCUUGUGCUGUUGUUGGUAAUAGUGGGAUUUUGCUUAAUAGAAACUAUGGUUCAUUAAUUGAUGCGCAUGAGUUUGUUAUAAGGUUAAACAAUGCUAGGGUUGAUAACUAUGAAAACAAAGUUGGGAAGAAAACAAGUAUUUCCUUUGUGAAUAGCAACAUUUUGCAUUUAUGUGCAAGAAGAACAGGGUGUUUUUGUCAUCCUUAUGGUGCUAAUGUGCCAAUUGUUAUGUACAUUUGUCAAGCUGUGCAUUUCUUGGAUUACACUGUUUGUAAUGUUUCUCAUAAGUCUCCUUUGUUGGUUACAGAUCCUAGGUUUGAUGUGUUAUGUUCUAGGAUUGUCAAGUAUUACUCAUUGAAGAGGUUUGUAGAGGAAACAGGGAAGGGUUUGGAAUUAUGGGGUUCUGCUCAUGAGGGUGCUUUGUUUCAUUAUUCUUCUGGUAUGCAAGCUGUGAUGUUGGCUUUGGGGGUAUGUGAUAAAGUUAGUAUAUUUGGGUUUGGUAAAUCACCUUCUGCUAAACAUCAUUAUCAUACUAAUCAGAAAGCUGAACUUCAUUUGCAUGAUUAUGAGGCUGAGUAUGCUUUUUAUCGUGACCUUGUGGAUGGGUAUACGCCUAUACCCUUUAUAUCGGAGAAGUUUAAGAUCCCUCCUGUUGUAAUGUAUCACUGACAGUGAAUUGUUGUUGAAGGGGUUGGGUUCUUUUCAUGCCUUCUGUUGUUGUAAUACUUGUGAAAUGAAUAGAUAGUGUGUAAGGGAUUACCGAGUUUGGUUUGAGAUUCAAUUUUUGUUUUCUCAAGUUUGUACCGUCCCAAAUGUAGCCUCAAGGCAACAUAUAAGUGUAAAUUUUGGUUAGAUCAAUACAGAAUUAUGAAGCAUCUA